CUUUACUUCGUCUUCAAUUCAUGUCGUGUUUUGUUGAGGUAGAGAAACCGUACCUAUUCGAUAGGUUAUCUUUCGUGCUCUGGGCUGUUGCCUCUAACUACACGUUCAAGAACAAAUAAUGUUUUUAUGUUGAAGGACAACCGAGUUUAGAUCUAUUCAUUGACUGCUGGUCCAACACAUCGAGAUAACGUUUAUGUUAUACUGUCGAUAUUUUAUUAGGGUUAUGUAUGCUAUAUAAAUACUGGGUGCACGUAGAGAUAAUUCGUGUCUUUAGGCUUUGAUACAGCCCAGGUUUAAGUUCCUCAAUCCUGUGACAAAUGAUCAACUCUCAUUUCUGCGGCCGAAAGAUAUCCCUGCUUGGUAACUAGGAGGGAGAAGAAGUCUGAGCUGCGGUGAUAUAUUUUGCAAUAUUGCCUAUGGAUUCUUCAUGUUGAUCCUGGAGUUGCCCGCGUUGAGUAGAGCUGCGGUGCGCUUGAGCAGAAUAGCGGCUCACCUAAGCACAGCAGCCAUGUCCACCAACUUUCCGGAUUCAAAUCCAUUGUCUGCCAACAGUGAUGGUCCCACUGCUGCUAUUCUUAUUAUUGGAGAUGAGAUACUGAAGGGCCACACAGUCGACACCAACAGCACCUUUCUCACAAGAGGGCUGCGGAAGCUUGGCGUGGCCGUGCAGCGGAUCACAGUGGUGCCGGACGUACCGGAGGUUAUUUCCAAAGAAGUUGCCGUGCUUUCCUCUCAGUACACUCACCUCAUCACCUCCGGAGGAAUAGGGCCCACCCAUGAUGAUGUAACCUUUCAGAGCGUUGCCAUGGCUUUUAAGGAGGAGGUUUAUUGUCACCCAGAGCUCUCCAUGUUGGUAAAGGAGUUCUUCGGUGCAGUAGAUAAGGAUAGUGCCCCAAUGAAGUUGGCGAUGGUGCCUCGCUCUGCUAAACUCAACUAUGGAACUGACCCUCAGACUGGGAAGCCUCUUCGCUACCCACUGGUGAGUGUACGGAAUGUCUUCAUAUUUCCUGGGAUCCCAUCAUUGUUAGAAAGAACGUUCUGUGGGGCGGAGCAUCUCUUUGCUGCUUCUGGUACCACUUUUCACACACGUGAGGUGUUUGUGGACGCUGAUGAAACUGACAUCGCUCAAGUGUUGACUAAACUUCAGGAUGAUUGGGGAAAGAAAGUGGCUCUGGGCUCGUACCCGGACUGGCUGAGCAACUACCACAGAGUCCGGCUGGUGCUGGACUCUAAUAGCAUAGAAGAGGUGGAGAAAGCACGGGGCCAGUUGGUGGACGUGUUGCCUGAGGGAAGUGUAGUGCCUUUAGUCACCGACCCAGUGACUAUCGCUCCUGCUGAGGUGUACGGACUAGCCAACACAGGUUCCCCACUGGGUAAAAAAGUUCAUUGUGCUCUGAAAACUAUUGAAAUGGCACUGGAUCAGUACUCUUCAGAGCAAAUAUGUGUCGGCUUCAACGGAGGCAAAGACUGCACGGCUCUGCUGCAUCUCUACUAUGCUGCUGUGAAACGGCGCUAUCCUGAUGGGAAAGACAAGGUGAAAGCUCUUUACAUCCGCAUUGUCUCUCCAUUCCCAGAAAUGGAGCGAUUCCUCCAGGAUACGAUAAAGAGAUAUGACUUGGACCUGUUCUCAGUGGAAGGCAAUAUCCGGCAGGCACUGAGCGAGGUGCAGGAGAGGAAACCAGAGCUGAAAGCUGUCCUGAUGGGCACGAGGAGGACUGACCCCUAUUCUCACACGCUUACACCCAUGUGUCCCACUGACCCCGGCUGGCCAGACUACAUGAGGGUCAACCCUCUGCUGGACUGGAGUUAUCACGACAUCUGGGCCUUUCUGAGGACGUUGUACGUUCCCUACUGUAUCCUGUAUGACAAAGGGUACACUUCACUUGGCAGCAUGGACAACACCUGUAGAAACCCAGUGCUCCAGGUGGUGGACGCUCGAGGGGUGACCCGCUACAAGCCAGCAUACCAGCUGGAGAACGAAGAUGAGGAACGAACCUCGCGAGCAUGACAAUGCUGUGACCUUUUUUUAGUAUGAAGCCAAAAGACGCAGGCUAUUCUGGUUAUUAUGUCUCACACCAACAAGAAGCCGUCUGUGUUAAUCAAUAGAAAAGGUGUGUGUGUUACUGAAUAAUGAGCCUCUUUUGUUGCUGCAUAAAGCAUCGAUCAGUGUCAUCCCUCGCUGUUGUCAUGUUACUAUUUUAGGUCUCACAUGCAGAUGGUCGCCUGCAGAGCUUGAUUGAUCUCAUUCACCAAUCCAUUUGUCUUAUUUCUAAAUCCAAUUACGGCCAGCUGCCUGGAAAGACGGCCUGCAUCAAAACUUAUUAGUAAAUAAUGUGGAAAGGUUUUGACUAAAUCUGGUUUCAGAAGACUCGGCGUGCGGAUGGGCCGGUGAAGGUCAACCGGCAGGCUGCUAUUGAUCCAUCAGUCUGUGAAUCUCCUCCGUCGUCUCAGCUCACGCGCCCUCAUCUUGUAGUUCUCCUCGUGGACCUCACGGGCGCGAUGUUCUCACGUUUUCCAUUUAGCCGUGGCGAUUACAAUAUAUUACCGUCUCUGUUUCCAGACAUGAUUGAAUCCAAGCCCAUCGAUCCUCGCGCUCUCUCUCUCCUCGUCUGGAGAUUAGUCAACAGCGAGCAGGCUGGAUCGAUACGGGCCGAUCUAAUAAAGCGGGAUGCUUACGAGGCCACCGCAGGGCUGCACACGCCGUUGGACCAGCAAUUACCACCUUCCACACGGCCCCCACAAACUGAUCUGUCCGGGCGUCGCGGCCUGCUUGAUUUAUUCAUGAUAACAGUAAUAAAAGAGGCGAUGAAGUGAGGCUGUGUAAUCAGAAAACCUAAUGGUUUGUGUUUUGGCUGCCGCCAUAAAUACACCGGAACAUUGUCUACAAUUAUGAUGUUUGUGUGAACGACUGCAGCCCGUGCUUUUAGCGCUGCCAUUCACAGCAGUUCUUCUUCACAGACCGCAAUAUGGCUCAUGAUUGUGACUGAAUAGACGCCCCAGCAUCACCUCUGUGCCUAUGUGUGCCGCAAACUUGGCCAACAUGAACAAAGCGCAAGGGGAAGCUGACAGCAUCAGUUACACACUGUGAAACAAGGUCGUCGCUUAAUAGCUGCUUUUGCACUGUAGGAGCCUUUUGAGUUCGAGGCAGACAUUUUGGUGAUGGGGGCUCUUUUUUUCCAAACCAGAAAAAAGGGCCCCCAUCACCAAAAUGUUGUUGGUGGGUCCGUUCACUUUAGAGUUCAAGCCAUGGCCAGGGCAUGCUCAUGUAAGUUUGCCGGUUUGCUUACAGCGAAAUUGAUCGCACUUCACCGUGAGCCGGUUUGAGAUUACAAAGAAAAUAAUAGGCUAUUUAGUGUGUUUUUAACAACCAAUCUAAAAUGUCAAUGCUCAAACUCCAUGUUCACCUGUCGAUGCUGGCGGUGGGUCGAGCUGCAGCUUGACAGGUUUGCGCUGGUCAGGAAAUUCUCACACAAACUGAAAUAAAUGCCCCAUCAGAUAUCUAAAUAUAUGGGGGUGGGGCUGGCGGGAGGUUAACUUCUUUUCUCAAGAAUUUCAGAAUCAAGAAAAGUAAGGGCUCCACGUUUCACUUGCAGGUCAGAAGGUCUGGUGCUUUAGCACCACUAAGGGUGACACAGAGCAUUGCAGCUGAGACACACACACACUAGACAAACUACUCGGCGAUGUAGUUGUCUCCAUUGGAAGUUCUGUGUAUGAUAUCAGUGGUCACUCGGGAGAAAACCUUUAUAUGUAUUCUGACGAACAACACACAAGAUACAUAGUUUAAGUCACACAACAACGUUGGAUGUUUUACUAUCAUGGAUUCAAACACGUUUAAAACAGAAUGAAAGAACUCCCAGAUGGGACCACACGGUGUUGUGCAUGCUGGCAGGAAACAUUUCAUCAUGGAGUCACAAUGUGACACACACACUGUCGUUCCAACUGCAGGACAAGUGCUUGUCAAUCUCCUUGGGUGGAGUCCAUGGAUUCAGUUUUCUGUUCUCUAAAUUUUGCUGCCCACAUCAGUAUUUGCAAGUAGCCUAAACAAUUCUCUGCAAUUGCCACAACGUAGUAACAUUUCUAGGUGCUAUUCAAAGUUUAAAAAAGGCAAAACUGUGAAGCAAAAUAUCUGUUGCGAAGUUCUGACCUAAAAGUCUGAGCUGGUCAUCUAGUAAAUUAAUAAUUGAUAUUCAUUUUCAGUGACUUUGAUGAUGCUCAAACAAGUGUAUUAUCAAGAACAGGACAUCGAUGAAACCUAUUUUUGUUGAGUUGCUUUUGUCCUUCAGCAAUUACACAACUCAUCUUCUCUCUGCUAUACAAGCUGCCUUCGUCUUUUCCUUCGUCUAGUACUUAGUUGCAUCAGACACAACCUCACAAGAAGCCCGGGUCACAAUCCCCCAGCACAGCGGGACACAAGCCUGGUUUGUUAGUGUUCACCUGCACCACCCCGGCCCUUUGAGUUACACCCUUGCGUUACAUGGAUGUCCUCUACGGAGAGCUUUGCGUAUGAAAUCUCUGUGGCCUGGUAAUGAAAGAACACUAGAACUUCAUGAUGAAUGAAUAGCUACAGCCAAUUUUUAUGUUUCAAAUCGACUCUGAAUAGCGAACUCACAUCUUUAUCUUGUCGUUCUUUCUUCUUGACGUACUUCCUCAGAAAUCCAAAACCUUCUCAAGUCUGCUCUUUUACUUCUUCCAUCGCUAUAUAUAUAUAAAAAAAAAUCUAAAUACUUCCACUUCCGCGUGAGCUCAAGAAUCACACAGACUUCGAAAUUGGUUCCGACGUCCUGGUAUUUUUAGUUAUGAUUCUCCUCUUUGUUCCAAUGUCCUUCAUGGUUUCCUGCUGAUCUUUUUUAAUCUCCCCUGCAGGUUCCUUCCUUCAUGGCUUUAUCAAUAUUUAUCUUCAAAUCACUUCCUUCCUCUUCUUAUUCUCACCGUUUGUUUUGAUCUUCCUUCGAAAGUUUGAUUGUGGCUCUGAAGCUGUCACAGUUUUGGGGAGCACAAAAAGAAAUGAUUUGCCAUGUUGGUUUUGCUGUGAUCUCACCUGCAUGUUCUUCUUCAGCUGAUGUGGGAAUGUCUUAAAAUGUAUGUCUCUGAUUCACAUCACAGCUGUCUGUUUGUACAAGAACACAAUCUUUCUCUCUUUCAAUCUGUUCCUCAAGUUUUCAAUAAUUGUAUAUUUAUUUUAAUUAUAUGAUAUGUUAUUUAUAAGUUGGCUUUCAUAUCACAAUGCAUUAGAAUAUUGUGAUAUCAUGAUGUAUCUCGAUAUUAUUGUAUUC